AUGAUAACUACGGGAUAUCCAGCAAUAUCUGGUCCUAAAUCUGUUAAUGAUCGGAUUGCUGUUGUCGGAGGUGGGAUAAGUGGAGUGCAUAUGGCUUCUCUGCUAAAGGAGAAAGGUUACAAAAACAUCAAAAUAUUUGAGAUGCGAAACGAAGUUGGAGGAAAAGCAUAUUCGCGAUUGCGUAGGGGCGUGUAUAAUGAGUUUGGGACAAUCUUCUUGACUGAUAUUUACGAUCAGGUAGCCAAUAUGGUGAAGAGGUAUACGCCUCGAUCCAGGAUCAAAUCCAAAGGUCUGUCAUCCAUAAUGGUCAGAGAAUUCGAAUUUUCCACCUGGCGUGCACUUUUGGCUCAGAAUACGGGAGAAAGGACACGUGAAGCUGCACGUCGGCGGAUCCAAGAAGCCGUAGAAAGGUACGACAGAAUCCAUACCUGUUUGUUUGGAAACUAUUCUUUCGAACUCAUGCCUCGACCAACUCCAGAAGUUAUGCGACAAAUUCAAGGAACUGUACAGGAUUUUUUAGAACGGCAUGAUCUGAUGUUAUUAGCACCUUAUUUCCGUACAUAUCUAACAGCAGAUGGGUAUGGGUUUAUCAAUGAUACUGCAGCUAUAUACGGUAUGGCUUGGGUGCCACCGGCAGUUAUCCAAGGCACAUUUACACCUGAAAACGGGUUUUGGAUUUUAGAUGGAGCAUUUCAAGCCAUUGUAAUCGAGACUGCCAAACAAAAUCAAUUGAAUGUACAUCUGGAAGCUAAUGUCGAAAGGAUUAAAAGACUGCCCGGUCCUGGGGGAAUUCAAAUAACGUACUCAACCAGAGACCACCCAAGUGUUGAGACGGAACAUUUCGAUUUCUUGGUCUUAUCCCCAGCGAUGAAUUCUUUGCUAAACAUUGUGGAUUUCAACGCAAAGGAAAGACAUUUAUUUAGCAGACUGUAUAAUUCAAACUUCGUAACGACACUGAUCGAAUCUGACAAUGGCAUUCGAGGUAACGAUCCACAAGUUUAUUACAACGAUGCCGUUGAUCAAGACGACUAUCCCGUAUUCGCAUCAUUUAAUUUUUACCAUGCAAAGAACAACAUCACCGGGGAAAACCAUCGCCUUGGGAUUCGGGAAAACGGUCCUGAUAAGAACCCGCAGGAAACUCAAUUGUAUUAUCAAACUGGCUUUGCAGAUCCUUUUGCAAAGGAUGUUGAUAUUAUGAUCCAGUCCAAGUUAGUUUCACAUUUAAAAAAAUUUAGAAAAAGUAAUCCAAGAGUUUUGGAACAAACAAAAUGGGGAUAUUAUUUCCCAAGGUUUUCCGGAGAAGAUAUCGCGCGAGGAUAUAUUUGGGAUGUAUUAGAUAUGCAGGGUCAGUUCAAUACCUGGUACAUCGGUUCUUCUGUCUGCUUUGAAAGUAUGGAGAGUGUGCUAGAAUAUAAUAAUCUGUUAAUGAGUAUAUUUCAUUGA